AUGAAGAAUUUAGACGACAAUGAAGUCAUCGACGCGCGAGAGCGCUCGUGUGGGGAUUUCAGGGAGAGCAUCGUCGAGGACGCGCUGCCGCAUCAGUGGCGUCAUCCGAGCGACACGAAAAUGUCUCUGGCGCACUUUAAGCGACAUAAAUCUCGCGCGAACGCGAUGAAACGCGAUAAGGAGUCAAAGAAUAGGCGUCAACGUCGCGAUCGCGACGUCGUCGUCGCGAACGCGGCGACGCGUACGGUCGGCGCCGCGGUGGACGCCCUGCGCGGUACGCCGAUGACGAGGCGAGCGAAGCGACGGGCGCGCGACGCGCGAGCGACAUCGAGCGAUGACGUGCCAAAUGUCAUCGUCUCGCACCACGCCGAAGGGGUGGACAUCUUACACCUGCACUCUGGCGACGUCAUUUGCUCUCUCUAUUUGAAGUCUCCCGGUUUACACGUGGACAUCGACGGCGACGGCGUGAUGGACCACGUCGAGGCACACGGCCGCGGUUCUGUGGGGAGCGAUCUUCCCGCAUGUUGGGCGACGGUGACGUCGGGGGUGCCCUCGGAGGAGCGCGCGCUGAGCGCGAGCAUUUGUCGCGGAGGAAGCGGUUUGAGCGGACAUCGUCUCGCGCAGCAACAAGGAUACAGUCUGCACUCCGUCGAGGUCACGCCUCCGGUCUCGCUCCAGCGCGUGCCCGAGACCGCAAACGAGCUCGCGAAACCAAUGUCGAGACUCGGACGCGACGCGAUAUUCUUAAACAGUCGCGGUGAGAUGACGUGUUACGACGCGCGAGACGGCGAACAGCGGCGUUGGCAGAUACGCACCACGGCGGAUUGGAACCCGGGCGAGGACGCGAUCGAGCCCUCGCUCACGUCCUUCUCGCUCCACGUGAACGGAAAACCCGACGUCGUCGCCGCCGUCGGCGCGAGAUCCAUCGUCAUCGUGAACGCCAAGGGAUAUCGCGCGGCGCCGCCCAUCGCCCUCUCCGUUCCGCCCGCCGGGCCGCUCAUCGUCGCCGACGUCAACGGCGACGGUCUCAACGACAUCAUCCUACGCACGCGAUACACCGCGUACGUCUGGCAUCAAGUUCCGCGAUCCGGGAGUUCACCGCUCGCGUUUCUCGUCGCCAUCGCCGUCGUCUCCAUGGCGCUCGCCUUUGGCUUCGCCCGCGCGCGCGACGCCGCGCCCGGACCCGAUCGCGACCGGUUUCCCACCCACUCCGACUCCGACUCCGACGAAUAG